UGAGGAUGUUCUCACAUCUAAAUUAGAUGAUACUGGAGAAACCAAACAGGUAAAUACAUUUGUCCCAAAAGAACAAUCUUCGGCUAAUAUCAGUGACACAGUCAAUGCUUCUUGUAGAUCAAAUUCUGAUAAUACACCUAAACAGAUAAUUUCACAAAAUGAGAAUACUCCGGUAUCUGAUAUAUCUGAUAUUGCUUCAAAUUCUGGCGUAUGUCAGAAGUCAAAGACUCAUAAAUCACUGGAAGACGAGGAGAUCGAUGAAUUCCUGGAUACAAAACAUAAGGAAAGGGUAAGUGAAGAAAUUAUUCAGAUUAUUAAAGAAAAGAAACUUCGAGAUCAAGAGGUGUCUUCAAGAAGACAAAAAUUUUUAAAAAUCCAUUAUGAUAAGAAUUAA